AUGGCUAGAAAGGAAGUGCGGCCUGCUGCUCCGGCGAACUUCUCCGGCGAGUCAUCACUGCCUCUUUCUCCUCUCAUUGAUAUCACAGUCUCCGAAUUGACCAGAUAUUUCAAAUUAUGCAAGCAGCUGAUUUCUAUUUCUUAUGAAAAAAUUAUGCUUCCUCCAUCAAUCUCUCGCCAUUUCUUGAAAACUAAUUCAGCCAACACGCCAAUUUUCUUACUCCAUAAGGUUCUUUUAUUCACCACUUGUUCAUCAUCAGCUGGAGAAUUCUUGAGUCAUUUGUUGAAAAAUAAAAAUGGGUCUGGUCUGGAGAAGACUCUGAACACAGUUAAGGCUAAACUAGAUGCUAAAUGUGUUAAUGAAGUAUUAGAGAAAUGUGCCGUUGAUGAUCCUCAAACGGGUCUCAGAUUCUUCAUUUGGGCUGGACUUCAUCCCAGCUAUAGACACAGCAGUUACAUGUUUAGUAGAGCGUAUAAACUGCUCGGAUUUGAGCGUGAACCACGAAUUAUUCAAGAUGUCAUUGAGGCUUAUAGGUUGCAGAAUAAUUAUGUUCCAAGUGCUAAGAUGUUCAAGGUUAUUUUGAAUUUGUGUAGAGAGGGAAAAGAUGCUAACUUGGGCUUGUGGGUGUUGAGAAAAAUGAAAGAGUCCAAUUGUAGGCCGGAUACAACGGUGUAUAACGUAGUUAUUAGAUUGUUAUGUGAGAAAGGUGAUAUGGACGAGGCAAUGGGUUUGAUGAGAGAGAUGGACUUGAUUGAUCUUCAUCCUGAUAUGAUCACUUAUGUUGUGAUGAUUAAGGGGUUGUCUGAGUUGGGUCGGUUGGAAGAAGCUUGUGGAUUAACCAAAGCUAUGACGGGGAAUGGAUGCGUGCCAAAUACGGUGACCUAUUCAGCUCUUCUUGAUGGGAUUUGUAGGUUCGGGAGUUUGGAGAGGGCACUUGAGUUAUUGAGAGAAAUGGAAAAAGAUGGUGGGCAGUGUAAGCCCAACGUCGUUACUUAUACUACUGUGGUUCAAAAUUUUGUUGAGAAAGAUCAGUCGAUAGAGGCAUUAAGUAUUUUGGACCAAAUGAGGGAUUUUGGUUGUAAACCAAAUAGGGUACUUAUCUGUACUUUGAUUCAGGGUCUAUGCAAAGAUGGGCAUGUGGAGGAAGCUCGUAAAGUCAUUAUCAGAGUAGCUGAAAGUGGUCUUCCAUAUGAUUCUUGUUACAGUUUUCUA